AGCCAUCGAAUAUCAACAAUUGCCACAACAGCAGCAAAUACAGACACAAAAUGUUGUAGUGGAAGCAAUACAAACGGAUAAUUUCAACAAUACGAAUAAAACAUUAAUGACUGAUGUGCAAGAAUUGCCAGUAGAAAAGAUUGUGCAUACAACAGUUGCCAACAAAAGUACCGAAGUGGCUGUAGAAACGGUGGGUAGCAACAAAUGUGGUAGCCCCUCAGCAGCAACAACAAAUAAUAACACCACAGCCUGUGUAUCAGCAGCAACAACAACAAACUGUGCAGGAAAAACAACAUAAACAUCAAUAUGUUGCCAAACAAAAUGUUCCUCAACAACAGCAGCAAUAUCAACAUCAACAAUUGCAAACUCAGCCUGUGACAGCACAGCAACAGCAACAACCAACAGCCCAACCUCAACAGCAACAAACACAUUAUCAAGCUUCAACACAACAACAACAACAUCAGCAUCACCAUACCCAACAACAACAACAGCAGCAUCAUCAGCAACAACAAACCUAUGAAAAUCGUAAAUCUUCACAAAUGUACAAUCAACAACAUCAAUCACGUAGUCGUAAAUAUGAUUAUCAUCAUGGUCAUGGCUCCAACAGCAGUAAUAGUGAUGCUUCUUCCCAUCAUCAGCAACAGCAAACACAGCAACAGCAGACAACCAAAACUAUGUCAUGGACAAAUUCCUCACAACAUAAGAAAUCCACCAAUACAGUGGCGGUAACAGCAACACCCACUUCCAGCCACUCGAGCGGUAGUUACAAUAAACAAUCAAAUGCCAGCAAUACGUCCAGCUCACAUACUCACUCCACACGCACUUACACCAAUCAACAACAUCAUAAUUAUCAACAGCAGCAACAACAAAAUUAUCACUAUCAGCAACCACAAACUAGAAAUUAUGGAGCCAUGAAAAUGCCUUCUUCACCCAUUUCCAGUGCACCCAGCACCAUGGAACGUAAAACCAGUCAAUCAAGUGAUGCUGGCAAGGGUCAAGGCCCUCAAUCUACAUCGACUGCCUCCACCACUGCAGCGCCCCAUCAAUUUCAACAGCAACAAUCACAACAAACCACAACCAAUAAUGAUGCUGUACAACAGACCACACCAACUGCCCCGACAGUUAGUGCUAGCUCAGCUGCUGCCACCUCGAUUUCUAACAAGCAGCAUACCCAACAUUAUCCACCAGGAUUUGCUACUAAAAAACAUAGUUUUUCAAAUCAAGGACACAGUGGUCCAAGCACUACCCCAAAUACUACUGCAGCAGCGGUUACCAGCAGCAGCAGCAGUAAUGCCGUGGAAACCUCCUCUACACCAGCCAUAAAUUUGGCACCACCAGUUUCUGCCAACACACCAGCAGCACCCUCUACACCAUCUUGGGCUAGUCUCUUUGCCAGUAGUUCAAAUACCAGCAAUUCAGCCAGUUCAAAUACAGCUGCCUCUGCAACAAUAAACACAAGCUCCAACUCUUCUUCCUCGAAUACCAACUAUUCAAAGAAACCCAUUGCCAAAGUGGCUCCCUAUGAGGGCAUAACUCCUGUUACACCUCCACCACCCGUAGUAACCCCGGGUACUUUAUCUUAUUCAGCAGCCUCAGCUCAAAAUCUACCCACACCCUCUUCGGCUAGCACAGCUUCCACAACUGCCAAAAAACUCGAGCAACAACAACAACAAUCGCAACGCAACUCAUUGGCCAAUCUAGAUGAAUUCUCUUUGAAAUUUGCUCAAUUUUUAACAACAUAUAAAAGUGACUGGGCCACCGUUAGUCUAAGACCUAGAGGUCUAACAAAUCGUUCCAACUAUUGUUAUAUCAACUCCAUAUUACAAGCUCUACUCGGCUGUUCGCCUUUAUAUAAUUUAAUACGUUCUAUACCAAAACAAGCUGCCAAUUUGUGUGAGGUUAAGACUCCUACAGUUAAUGCCAUGAUGACUUUCAUGUCCAAUUUCUCUAAUCUACCCAGUGGUUUACGUUUACGUAAUUCCAAGGGUGGUAAAGGCAACAAAGAUGAUUUGGGUGGAGAUUUACAGUGUGAUCCUGCCUUUGAACCCACAGAAAUCUAUAAAUUAUGGAAUGAUAGUCGUGAGGAACAUGUGGAGGGCCGUCAAGAAGAUGCCGAAGAAUUUUUGAGUUAUAUACUUAAUAAAUUAAAUGAUGAAAUGCUGGAGGUUAUAAAAUUAAUUUCCAAACCAAAUACCGAACAAAAUGGACAAAAUGAACCGGCCGAAGAGGAUGGUGACGUUUGGCAGAUGAUUUGCAAUAAUCGCAAUAAGGGCAGUGUAACACGUCAAACUGAUUUUGGUUGCACCCCCUUAAGUGAUAUCUUCCGUGGAGAAUUACGUUCACGUUUACAGCGUGAGGGAGAACAUUCAACAGAUGUUAUACAGCCUUUCUUUACACUGCAACUGAAUAUUGAAAAAGCUGCCUCGGUUAAGGAGGCUUUGGAGAUCUUAGUUGGUCGUGAUCAAUUGGAAGGUGUUACCGGCAGUAAGAGCAAACAGGAAGUGGUGGCCUGGCAACAAAUGAAUUUGGAAAAAUUGCCUCCUAUUUUAAUUUUACACCUUAAAUGGUUCGACUAUCGUUCAGAUGGUUGCACGAAGAUUUUGAAAAAGGUUGAGUUCCCAGUGGAACUUAAAAUUGAUUCAAAAAUUUUAGCUUCCAAGAAGUACUCACAAAAACAACGAGCUUAUCGUCUCUUUGCCGUUGUCUAUCAUGAUGGCAAAGAGGCCACCAAAGGACAUUAUAUCACUGAUGUUUAUCACACCGGCUAUGGCAGUUGGCUGCGUUUCGAUGACAGCUCUGUCAAACCGGUAAGUGAAAAUCAUGUCCUCUUACCACGGACACCACGAGUACCUUAUUUACUUUGCUAUAGACGCUGUGAUACCAUACCACAGCAAAGCAAUAACAAUCAGAAUAACUCAUCAACAGGCAAUAAUAAUACAUCAGGUAAUACACAAUCAUCAUCAGGAAAAUAAACACAAGAAAAAAAGUUGACAACAAUACGCCAAAAACAAAAAUUCUAACGAAAUGAAAAGCACAACGAAGGUUUAAUAAAACAACAAAAUGGAAAAGAUAAGAGAACACACACACGAUAAACCAACAAAGUGAUAUAAAAAGGACUCCAAGACUGGAGGUGUGUAAAGCUUAACGAAAAAAAAAAAAUAGUAAAUAAUCAUAAGAGAAAAAAAUCACUAGAAAUAAAAAGUGAUUUUGCAUGAUAAUGAUGAUGAUGAUGGUUGGUUUAACUAACUGCAAACAAACACUUAAUAAUUGCUAACAGGCUUUAAGAAAUUGGACGUAAAUGAUGUGUUAAGUAAUAGCCUGUAAACUUAACAAAUGUUUAUGUUAAAAAGAUUUGUAUUUAUGUUCAACUAAAAACUUUUUUUUAUUAUUUAUACAUAUAAAGCUAAAUAUUUGCAUAUAGCCAAAAUAUUAUUAUAAUGAAAAACAAAAAAAAAAAAAAGAAGAUAAUUCUAGUUUAAGUCUAAGUUAAAGAGACUUUAAAAGAAAAACAAAAAUUUAUAUUUAGUUAAAUUCAUUAAGAAGAAAAACAAAUUUAUUUACUUAUAGUUUUAGUUAGUAUUAAUAAAACAAACAAUUAGGGUGGUGUGAUUAAUUUAAUUAAUCACUUAAGAAAUUUAUCAAAAAAAAAAAAAAAAUUAAAUAUUCAAACAUUUGAAACAUUAACAAAUUGAGAAGAUUUAAGUAUGAAAAACUUUAUUUAAGUUAUUGUUUAGUAACAUGAGUAACAAAAAAUUAUUGAUUUAAGUUCUUAUUAAGUUUUUCAAGUCUUUUGUUGAAGUUAAAAGAGUUUUAACAAAAAAAAGGCUGGAAAAAAGUUUUCAAUUCAAAGCGUUAAUAUUUGUGUAGUAAAUUUAAUAUAUAGUACCUAUUUCAAAAUUUAUUUUCUAAAGCUAGACUUGUAGCUGUAGUUUGUUAAACAAAAGGAAAAUAUUAAUGGAAUGCUCGCUUAGAAAGGUUGCAAAUCUUUAGUUUACAAAAUAAGCAGUAAAUAAGGGAAUUCACCCUUGUAGAUCUUUUAAAUCUAACAAUUACAAUCUGUGAUUUACUCUUUCUUUGUCUUUUGAUAUUUUUUUCAAUAUUGAUAUUUAUUUGCUUAUUAAAAACUAUUAAGCCUUUUAAAUUUACUAUAGUUUGCAAGCUCAUAGAAAGAAUAUAUUAAAAAGUGUAAUUCAGAGCUUGUAAACCUUGCAAAACUUAAUAAUUAUAGUAAAAAAAUAUACAAUACUGUGAUAUACUUAUAUUCUUGAGUUAAAUAUGCAAACUAAACAGGUCUUGUAAAUAUUAAACAUCUUAAUAAGUAUAAGUACUUUGCAAUACUUUUACUUAUUGCUAAUAAGCAUUGUAAACUUGUUAUAGAAGAGUUAGCUUAAGUAAAAUUUACCAAUUUACAAGACUAAAUAAAAAUUAAUAAAAAUCAUUGCAAAUAAGUUUAGUAAACUUAAAAGAGUAGCGUCGUUGAAGGGUUGUUGUAAAUUUACAAUACAAAAUGAAAAAUGCUAAAAACUAUUGCAAAUAAGUCUUGCAAACUUGAAACAACUUGAUCUUGAGUAAUAACUUUACUUUAUUAGGUGUUAUAGUAAAUUAACCACCAUUUGCAAGACUAAAUCACCAAACAAGUCUUUUAAAUUUGAUGCACAAACGGUUUUUUAAGUAAAAUUCUUAUUGUAUAAAGAGUUCUAGUAAAUUAGCAAGGCUUAAUUAAAAAUUCUUAAGGAAGUCUUGUAAAUUUAAUACAGCAACGUUUUCUUUUGUAAAAAAAACUACUAUCAUAAGGAGUAUCAGUAAAUUGUCGUAUCAUUUACAAAAUGAUUUGCAAACUAAACAGGUCUUGUAAAUAUUAAACAUGUUAAUAAGUAUAAGUACUUUGCAAUACUUUUACUCAUUGCUAAUAAGCGUUGUAAACAUGUUAUAGAAAAGUUAUCUUAAAGUAAAAACUUUUUUAAAGACAGAUUCGCUUCGUGAUUUACAAGACUAAAUAAAAAGUAAUAAAAAUCAUUGCAAAUAGGUCUAGUAAACUUAAAAGAGAAGCGUUUUAAUCAGAAAAAAAUCUUCAUAUAUGAAGAGUUGUUGCAAAUUACUAGCACUUUUGCAAAACAAAAGCAAAAAUACUAAAAAAAAUCAUUGUAAAUAAGUCUUGCAAACUUGGAAUAACUUGAUCUUGAGUAAAAACUUUAUUAUAUUAGAUGUUCUAGUAAAUUAACCGCCAUUUGCAAGACUUAAUCACCAAAAAAAGUCUUGUAAACUUAAUACAGAAACGGUUUUUAAGUAAAAUUCUUAUUGGUGUUCUAUUAAAUUAAUCGCCAUUUGCAAGACUUAAUCACCAAAAAAUUCUUGUUAACUUGAUACAGAAACGUUUUUUUAAGUAAAAUUCUUAUUGCAUAAUGAGUUCUAGUAAAUUAUUGGCUAUUUGCAAGGCUUAAUUAAAAAUUCUUAAGGAAGUCUUGUAAAUUUAAUACACAAACGUUUUCUUUUGUAAAAAAAAACUACUAUCAUAAGGUGUAUCAGCAAAUUAUCUAUCUUUCAUUUACAAAAUAAAAAGAAAAGUAAUGAAACCUAUUGCAAAUUAGUCUUGUAAACUUGCGACAUACUAACAAAUUAACAGCAUUUUGCUAAAUAAACUAUGGCAAAUAAGUCUUGUAAACUGGUUACAGAAAUGUUGUCUUUCCUUCCGUUUACAAA